CACCAUCCAUUUAGAAAAACAAUACAAUAAUAUUUAUAUUAUACAUAAACACUAAAUGGGAAAGUUAGUCAUAUAUAGAUCUUUGACACAUUUGCACUUUCAUCAUAUGAAAGUUAGUCAUAUAUAGUAACAAUAUUUAUAUAAUAUUGUAACUUUACAUAGUUCCUGAGUUAAUUUUUUUCUCUUUUUUUGGGUAACCGAGAAAUUCCAUGUGAGUUGCUCUCACUCUAAUUACCAGGCUUUAUUACAAUGCUUUAAUGAAACUCGGGGAGCAUGGCCCUGAGCCUCUCAGCAAAUGAAAAUUAGUUGGUUAUAUAUGGCUAAAAUUUAAUGAUAUAACAACUUCAGACUAACUAAAGAGAGAUUUCUUCAAGGUACCUUAAACUAUUGCCAAUGUAAACACAAUUAGAGCAACUACCAUAGCACAUUAAAGCUGAUGCUGUUUGACAGUGAAACCACAGAGGUUGUCAUGAAAGAAAAUGUUUCAUUCACAAAAAGAACUUUUCUUUGGGGUAUUUUCUAGCAGUUAACUGACUUUACAACCAGCCUUUCCCAAAGCCAAAGCAAUUGCCUUGCCGAUUCCUCUAUAAGCUUCCGUUACAAUAACGACAGGACCUUCAACUUUUGCAGCAGCGUCAACUCCAGCUUGUUCAGUGGUCUCCACCUGACCUCUCACACCUGAUCAUAUCAUAGUCCCUUUAUCCAUCUAUACAACUAAUUAUAAACAGAGGAACAUAUACAGAAACACGUAAAUGACUAAUUAAUCUCCUGUGCCUCUUCUUUCGGUAUACCCAGAGCCAAGAAUGAGUUCUUGAUGAUAGGAAUUAACGCUAUAAUGAGUGCUAGUUGGUGACUGUUAGGAAGAAACAAGUAUUAGAAGAGUUUUGCAAAAUUUUAAAGAAAAUGUAAGCAAUAAAACCUACGCCAAUUUCAGAAGUUCUGAUACACAUAUUGGCUAUUAGUUUUUGACAUUUAGCUGCCUAUGUUUUGGCGGGAAAAGUAGUUAGUGCUUGUGUCACACAAUUAGCGUGUUUGCAUUUCCUUUUCCUUUUCCUUUUAUUUCAGCAUUUUAGCUUCAUUACAAAUAUUAUAUAUAGGAGAUACAUAAAAAAUGUAAACACAGAUUGAUAUGAAUUGAGUUUCCCUAUUCUCUUCGUCUUCUUCUCUCUAAGUUAUGCUUCUCUUCUUCUCUCUUCUUCUGUUUUUUCUCCAUUUCUAUUAUUUUUCCCACUGUUUCAUUGGAGUGGUAUCAAUUGGUAUCAAAACCAAGUAGACGAUGGACCCACGACGAGCUGUUGAUGUUUGUGACUGUUAAUCAAUCCAUGGAUUUGCAGGAGCAGUAUGAGGAUCUAGCAGCUCAACAGCUAGAUCUUCGAGCAGAAUUGGCACCAAAAAAGCAGGAAUUACGAGAUGAUUUGGACAAACGUCAUGGUGAACUUCUGCAGAUGGUGAGUGCUCUUACACAUUCCUUUGAUGGACUGCAAUUGAAUCAACAAUCAAAGGAUAAUGCAUCUACAUUAGCUGCUAAGGAAAAAAUGCUCCAAUCAGGUUUGAUCAACAAAGUGACAAGAUGUCAAAGAUCAGCUCAAAAAGGAGUGAAACUUGCACAAGUACCAAGACAAGACAAAGCCCAGGCAAAACAGGCCCAAUGCGGCCGCACACCAUUCUGUGCGGUCCGCACAAGUGAUGUUCAGAGAGGUUGAUUUCCAGGCCAACAGGCAAUGCGGCCGCAUGAGAUUUAAUAUAGUUCGCAUUGGAGUCACUACGGCUGCACUCGAUUUAGUGCGGUCCGCAAAACCAAGGAUCAGAGAAGUGCUAGUUUGGAGAUUAAAGACAAUGCGGUCCGCGCCCCAUUUCAUGCGGAACGCACUAGAACCACCGCAGCCGCACUCGAUUCUGUGCGGUCCGCAUUGCCCGAGUUCAGAGAGUUGGAUUUUCAAGUUCAGAGCCCUAGUGCGGCCGCA